GUGACCAGCAGGUGGCGGCGAUGUGCCGUUUCCUUGUACCACGCGGUUGCGCUAAAUCAUUUUCUCAUGUACCCAGCAUGCACAGAGAGAGAGAGAGAGAGAGAGAGAGAGAGAGAGAGAGAGAGACUCUGAUUCUUGCCUGAACACAAACGCGCGUUAAACUCAAACUCACACCCCGGCUUUUGGUCUGAGAGGAAGAGGAGCAGAAAAGGAAGAGGAGGAAGAAGAGGCGCUAAUGUUCACCUGAGAUUUAUACAGAGAGAGAGAGAGAGAGAGAGAGAGAGAGAGAGAGAGAGACAGAGACAUGGCUGCGUCUGAACUCUAUACAAAGUAUGCUCGGGUGUGGGUCCCCGACCCUGAGGAGGUGUGGAGGUCAGCAGAGCUCACUAAAGACUACAAACCGACAGAUACAUCACUGCACCUACAGCUUGAAGAUGGCAAGUGUCUGGAGCACAAGUUGGACCCGAAGACGAAAGCUCUGCCUCACCUGAGGAACCCCGACAUCCUGGUGGGAGAAAAUGACCUGACGGCUCUGAGUUACCUUCACGAACCGGCCGUGUUACACAACCUGAAAGUGCGCUUCAUCGACUCCAAACUCAUCUACACCUACUGCGGUAUUGUGUUGGUGGCCAUUAAUCCGUAUGAAACGCUGCCCAUCUAUGGCACAGACAUCAUUAACGCCUACAGCGGACAGAACAUGGGAGACAUGGACCCUCACAUAUUCGCCGUGGCUGAGGAGGCCUACAAACAGAUGGCCAGAGAUGAGAGGAACCAGUCCAUCAUCGUCAGCGGGGAGUCCGGUGCAGGGAAGACGGUUUCAGCCAAAUACGCAAUGCGAUACUUCGCUACGGUGAGCGGCUCAGCCAGCGAGGCCAACGUGGAGGAGAAGGUGCUCGCCUCUAACCCCAUCAUGGAGGCCAUAGGAAACGCCAAAACCACCAGGAACGACAACAGCAGCCGUUUCGGGAAGUACAUCGAGAUCGGGUUCGACAAGCGCUACCACAUCAUCGGUGCUAACAUGAGGACGUACCUGCUGGAGAAGUCACGAGUCGUGUUUCAGGCAGAUGAGGAGAGGAAUUAUCACAUCUUCUACCAGCUCUGUGCCUCCAACCACCUUCCUGAGUUUACGACCCUGAAACUUAGCAGUGCGUCUGAAUUCCACUACACCAGACAGGGCCGAAACCCAGUGAUUGAUGGAGUAGACGAUGCGAGAGAAAUGUCUAUAACGAGGAACGCCUUCACACUGCUGGGCAUUAACGAGUCGUAUCAGAUUGGGCUGUUUAAGGUCCUGGCAGCCAUCUUGCACCUGGGUAACGUGGAGGUAAAGGACAGAGACACUGACAGCAGCAUUAUACCACCCAAUAACAGUCACCUGAGUGUGUUCUGUGAUCUGCUGGGCGUGGCCUAUCAGGACAUGGCUCACUGGCUGUGCCAUAAGAAGCUGAAGACGGCGUCUGAGACGUACAUCAAGCCGGUCCCGCGAGUGCAAGCCAUGAACUCCAGAGACGCUUUGGCUAAACACAUCUACGCCAAACUGUUCAACUGGAUCGUGGAGCACGUCAACAAGGCUCUGCACUCGUCCGUCAAGCAGCACUCGUUCAUCGGCGUGCUCGACAUCUACGGGUUUGAGACCUUCGAGAUUAACAGUUUUGAACAGUUCUGUAUCAACUAUGCUAAUGAGAAACUCCAGCAGCAGUUCAACAUGCACGUCUUUAAGCUGGAGCAGGAGGAGUACAUGAAGGAGCAGAUUCCCUGGACGCUGAUCGAUUUCUACGAUAAUCAGCCGUGCAUUAAUCUGAUCGAGGCUAAGAUGGGUGUUCUCGACCUGUUAGACGAGGAGUGCAGGAUGCCGAAGGGUUCGGAUGAAUCUUGGGCUCAGAAGCUCUAUAACACUCAUUUGAAGACUUGUGCACUUUUUGAGAAGCCGCGGAUGUCCAACAAAGCCUUCAUCAUCCAGCACUUUGCAGAUAAAGUGGAGUAUCAGUGUGAGGGAUUUUUGGAGAAAAACAAGGACACAGUGAAUGAAGAGCAGAUUAAUGUUCUGAAGGCCAGUAAGAAGUUCGACCUGCUGGUGGAGCUCUUUCAGGAUGAGGACAAAGUAACGACCCCUACAGGAAGUGGUCCUGCCCUCGGGGGCCGAACUCGCCUCAGUGUCAAACCAAACAAGGGCAAACCGGACCAGGCCAGCAAGGAGCACAAGAAAACUGUGGGCCUGCAGUUCCGUAACUCUCUCCAUCUGCUAAUGGAGACACUAAACGCCACGACGCCACACUACGUCCGCUGCAUCAAACCCAAUGACUACAAAUACGCCUUCACGUUUGACCCGAAGCGAGCAGUGCAGCAGCUGAGGGCGUGUGGCGUCCUGGAGACCAUUCGCAUCUCCGCCGCAGGAUUUCCAUCCAGGUGGACCUAUCAGGAGUUCUUCAGCCGUUAUCGUGUGUUGAUGAAACAGAAAGACGUCAUGGCUGAUAGGAAAAUGACCUGCAGGAACGUUCUGGAGAAACUGGUGCAGGAUCAGGAUAAGUACCAGUUUGGGAAGACGAAGAUCUUUUUCCGAGCAGGUCAGGUGGCGUACCUGGAGAAACUCCGUGCCGACAAACUGCGCGCCGCCUGCAUCCGCAUCCAGAAGACCAUCCGCUGCUGGCUGGAGCGCAAGAAGUACCUGCGCAUGAAACGAGCCGCCAUCAUCAUCCAGAGAUACGUCAGGGGAUACCAGGCCCGAUGCCUGGCGAAGUUUCUGCGCCGAACCAGAGCCGCCAUCAUCAUCCAGAAGUACCAACGUAUGUACGUGCAGAGGACCGGCUACAGGCGCAAACGCAACGCUGCCCUCGCCAUGCAGUGUAUCCUCCGAGCGUACAUGGCUCGCCAGCAGUACAGAGCGCUGUUGCGUGAGCACAAAGCGAUCAUCAUCCAGAAGAUGGUACGCGGCUGGUUGGCCCGUCAGUGGUAUAAGCGCUCCCUGGAGGCCGUUGUGUACCUGCAGUGCUGCGUGCGGCGCAUGAGAGCCAAGCGUGAGCUCAAGAAGCUGAAGAUCGAAGCUCGGUCCGUGGAGCACUACAAAAAACUCAACAUCGGCAUGGAGAACAAGAUCAUGCAGCUGCAGCGCAAAGUGGACGAGCAGAGUAAGGAGAUGCGGCUUCAGGGCGAGCGUCUGCACGGUUUGGAGAGCGCCCACGCCGUCGAGAGCGAGCGUCUACGCAAAGACCUGACUCGUCUACGCGGCGUGGAGGAGGAGGCGAGGAACAGCGCUAACCGCGUGAACACGCUGGAGGAGGAGCUGGUGAAACUGCGCAAAGAGCUACAGACCACGCAGAAGGAGAAGAAGGCCAUCGAGGACUGGGCACAGACCUACCAAGACGAGAUGGAGCGGAUGAUCUCAGAGUUAAAGGAACAAAAUAACCUUUUGAAGAAUGAGAAGGACGAUCUGAACCGUCUGAUCCAGGAACAGAGCCAACAGUGGACAGAGAGGAUGCAGAAGGCUCUGAAGGAGGAGAAAUCUCAGCUGGAGAGCGAUUUAAAUGAGGAGAGAUCACGAUAUCAGAACCUUCUCACAGAGCACCUGAGACUGGAGGAGAAAUAUGACGACCUCAAAGAGGAGAUCGCACUUAGCAUGAACAUACCCAAACCAGGCCACAGAAGAACCGACUCCACACACAGCAGCAACGAGUCCGAGUACACCUACAACUCCGAGUUCACCGAGGCCGAGGAGGGAGCGCUAGGAGCCGAGGAUGUGACCAAAGGAGCAGGGUUGGACGUGGCUCUCUUCUUAAAGCUGCAGAAGCGAGUGAGGGAGCUCGAUCAGGAGAAACAGGGCCUGCAGAACGAACUAGACCGGAAAGACGAGCAGUUUCGGCGGGCUAGAGCCAGGGACGAUGAAGAGCAUAAGAAGGCUCGCGGCGCUGAACUAGAGUAUGAAUCUCUCAAGCGUCAGGAGCUGGAGUCGGAGAAUAAGAAGCUGAGACACAAUCUAAGUGAGAUGCGUCAGACUCUGGUGGGGAAAGACGGCUCCUCAUCAGCCUACAAGGUCCUGAUGGAGCAGUUACACUCCUCCAGUGAGGAGCUGGAGGUCCGGAAGGAGGAGGUGCUCAUCCUGCGCUCACAACUCGUCAGCCAGAAAGAAGCCAUGCAGCACAAGGAUGAGAAGGAGACCAUGACGGAGCCGCUGCACUAUGUGGAGGACGUACACAAGCUCACAGAUGCUAAAGAGAUCUCUCAGGCUUACAUGGGCCUCAAGGAUACCAACAGAUCCCCCAGGGCUCAGCACAAGCCGUUCACAGUGAGCGAGUUGGUCAAUAGGCUGAGAUCCCCUCUCCCUGACAUGCGUAAGCUGAAUGAGGAUGGAGAGCUGUGGCUGGUGUAUGAGGGCUUAAAGGAGACCAACAGGUUGUUGGAGACUCAGCUGCAGGCUCAGCGGCGCACCCAUGAGGCUGAGCUGGAGGCUCUGCGUGGAGACCUGCACCGUGUGAAGGAGGACAACCAGAGACAGCAGCAGCUCCUCACUCAGAACCUGCAGCUUCCUCCUGAGGCUCGAAUUGAAGCCAGUUUACAGCACGAGAUCACACGACUUACCAACGAGAACCUGGAAUCUCGACUUGAGAACCCAAAGGUCAACAAAAUGGACAUGCUGCGCAAGAUACUUGAUCUCCUGGAACAGCUGGAGAAACAGGACAAGACGGUUCGCAAGCUGAAGAAGCAGCUCAAGGUGUUCCUCAAGAAGAUCAAUGACCUGGAAGACGGACAGGUGGAGAACGUGUCUCCUGGUCAGAUGGCUGAUGAACCGAUCCGACCAGUGAACAUUCCUCGCCGAGAGAAAGACUUCCAGGGAAUGUUGGAGUACAAGAAGGAGGAUGAACUAAAGCUGGUCAAGAACCUCAUCAUGGAAUUAAAGCCUCGUGGUGUGGCAGUGAACCUGAUUCCUGGUUUGCCCGCUUACAUCCUCUUCAUGUGUUUACGACACGCCGACUACGUCAACGACGACCAGAAAGUCAGAUCACUGCUCACCUCCAUCAUCAACAGCAUCAAGAAGGAUCCCAAAGGACAUGUCCGCAUGCUGGAGCACGAGACCAUCAGGGUGUGUUCAGGUGUAAGCCCCUGGUCUGCUCAGAGGACGUCCAGCGUACUGAUAGCGGAACGUCACAGCUCGCUCCAUCAUACGCCAGCUAACCCUUCCACAGCACCAUGUGACUUUCUGAUGAAGGUUAAUUUGAACCCCUUCAGGUUUGACCCGAAGCGAGCAGUGCAGCAGCUGAGGGCGUGUGGCGUCCUGGAGACCAUUCGCAUCUCCGCCGCAGGAUUUCCAUCCAGGUCAGGUGGCGUACCUGGAGAAACUCCGUGCCCGACAAACUGCGCGCCGCCUGCAUCCGCAUCCAAGACCAUCCGCUGCUGGCUGGAGCGCAAGAAGUACCUGCGCAAUGAACGAGCCGCCAUCAUCAUCCAUAGAUACGUCAGGGGAUACCAGGCCGAUGCCUGGCGAGAGUUUCUGCGCCGACCAGAGCCGCCAUCAUCAUCCAGAAAGUACCAACGUAUGUACGUGCAGAGGACCGGCUACAGGCGCAAACGCACCUUGCCCUCGCCAUGCAGUGUAUCCUCCGAGCGUACAUGGCUCGCCAGCAGUACAGAGGCGCUGUUGCGUGAGCACAAAGCGAUCAUCAUCCAGAAGAUGGUACGCGGCUGGUUGGCCCGUCAGUGGUAUAAGCGCUCCCUGGAGGCCGUGGUGUACCUGCAGUGCUGCGUGCGGCGCAUGAGAGCCAAGCGUGAGCUCAAGAAGCUGAAGAUCGAAGCUCGGUCCGUGGAGCACUACAAAAAACUCAACAUCGGCAUGGAGAACAAGAUCAUGCAGCUGCAGCGCAAAGUGGACGAGCAGAGUAAGGAGAUGCGGCUUCAGGGCGAGCGUCUGCACGGUUUGGAGAGCGCCCACGCCGUCGAGAGCGAGCGUCUACGCAAAGACCUGACUCGUCUACGCGGCGUGGAGGAGGAGGCGAGGAACAGCGCUAACCGCGUGAACACGCUGGAGGAGGAGCUGGUGAAACUGCGCAAAGAGCUACAGACCACGCAGAAGGAGAAGAAGGCCAUCGAGGACUGGGCACAGACCUACCAAGACGAGAUGGAGCGGAUGAUCUCAGAGUUAAAGGAACAAAAUAACCUGUUGAAGAACGAGAAGGACGAUCUGAACCGUCUGAUCCAGGAACAGAGCCAGCAGUGGACAGAGAGGAUGCAGAAGGCUCUGAAGGAGGAGAAAUCUCAGCUGGAGAGCGAUUUAAAUGAGGAGAGAUCACGAUAUCAGAACCUUCUCACAGAGCACCUGAGACUGGAGGAGAAAUAUGACGACCUCAAAGAGGAGAUUGCACUUAGCAUGAACAUACCCAAACCAGGCCACAGAAGAACCGACUCCACACACAGCAGCAACGAGUCCGAGUACACCUACAACUCCGAGUUCACCGAGGCGGAGGAGGGAGCGCUAGGAGCCGAGGAUGUGACCAAAGGAGCAGGGUUGGACGUGGCUCUCUUCUUAAAGCUGCAGAAGCGAGUGAGGGAGCUCGAUCAGGAGAAACAGGGCCUGCAGAACGAACUAGACCGGAAAGACGAGCAGUUUCGGCGGGCUAGAGCCAGGGACGACGAAGAGCAUAAGAAGGCUCGCGGCGCUGAACUAGAGUAUGAAUCUCUCAAGCGUCAGGAGCUGGAGUCGGAGAAUAAGAAGCUGAGACACAAUCUAAGUGAGAUGCGUCAGACUCUGGUGGGGAAAGACGGCUCCUCAUCAGCCUACAAGGUCCUGAUGGAGCAGUUACACUCCUCCAGUGAGGAGCUGGAGGUCCGGAAGGAGGAGGUGCUCAUCCUGCGCUCACAACUCGUCAGCCAGAAAGAAGCCAUGCAGCACAAGGAUGAGAAGGAGACCAUGACGGAGCCGCUGCACUAUGUGGAGGACGUACACAAGCUCACAGAUGCUAAAGAGAUCUCUCAGGCUUACAUGGGCCUCAAGGAUACCAACAGAUCCCCCAGGGCUCAGCACAAGCCGUUCACAGUGAGCGAGUUGGUCAAUAGGCUGAGAUCCCCUCUCCCUGACAUGCGUAAGCUGAAUGAGGAUGGAGAGCUGUGGCUGGUGUAUGAGGGCUUAAAGGAGACCAACAGGUUGUUGGAGACUCAGCUGCAGGCUCAGCGGCGCACCCAUGAGGCUGAGCUGGAGGCUCUGCGUGGAGACCUGCACCGUGUGAAGGAGGACAACCAGAGACAGCAGCAGCUCCUCACUCAGAACCUGCAGCUUCCUCCUGAGGCUCGAAUUGAAGCCAGUUUACAGCACGAGAUCACACGACUUACCAACGAGAACCUGGAAUCUCGACUUGAGAACCCAAAGGUCAACAAAAUGGACAUGCUGCGCAAGAUACUUGAUCUCCUGGAACAGCUGGAGAAACAGGACAAGACGGUUCGCAAGCUGAAGAAGCAGCUCAAGGUGUUCCUCAAGAAGAUCAAUGACCUGGAAGACGGACAGGUGGAGAACGUGUCUCCUGGUCAGAUGGCUGAUGAACCGAUCCGACCAGUGAACAUUCCUCGCCGAGAGAAAGACUUCCAGGGAAUGUUGGAGUACAAGAAGGAGGAUGAACUAAAGCUGGUCAAGAACCUCAUCAUGGAAUUAAAGCCUCGUGGUGUGGCAGUGAACCUGAUUCCUGGUUUGCCCGCUUACAUCCUCUUCAUGUGUUUACGACACGCCGACUACGUCAACGACGACCAGAAAGUCAGAUCACUGCUCACCUCCAUCAUCAACAGCAUCAAGAAGAUCCUCAAAAAACGAGGUGAUGACUUUGAGACUGUAUCGUUCUGGUUGGCAAACACAUGCCGCUUCCUGCAUUGUCUGAAACAGUACAGCGGAGAUGAACAAUUUAUGAAGUUUAACAGUACUAAGCAGAAUGAACAUUCUCUGUCCAACUUUGACCUGGCUGAGUAUCGGCAGGUUCUCAGUGAUCUCGCCAUUCAGAUUUACCAACAACUCAUCAAGUGUAUGGAGAAUAUUCUACAGCCCAUGAUCGUGUCCGGCAUGCUGGAGCACGAGACCAUCCAGGGUGUGUCAGGUGUGAAGCCCACUGGUCUGCGCAAGAGGACGUCCAGCGUAGCUGAUGAGGGAACGUUCACGCUCGACUCCAUCAUACGCCAGCUUAACUCCUUCCACAGCACCAUGUGUCAGCAUGGCAAUGACCCUGAGCUCAUAAAGCAGGUCGUCAAGCAACAGUUCUACAUCAUUGGUGCCGUCACACUCAACAACCUGCUGCUGCGCAAAGAUAUGUGCUCCUGGAGCAAGGGCAUGCAGAUCAGGUAUAAUGUGAGCCAGUUGGAGGAGUGGUUGAGGGAGAAGAACCUGAUGGUUUGUGGGGCGAAGGAGACACUGGAGCCACUGAUUCAGGCAGCACAGUUACUGCAGGUUAAGAAGAAGACAGAUGAGGACGCUGAGGCCAUCUGCUCCAUGUGUAACUCUUUGAGUACUGCUCAGAUCGUGAAGGUGUUGAACCUGUACACUCCUGUCAAUGCGUUCGAAGAGAGAGUGUCUGUAAUAUUCAUCCGAACCAUACAGAAUCGACUGAGGGACCGUAAGGAGUCACCUCAACUCCUCCUCGACACAAAGGUCAUCUACCCCGUGACGUUCCCGUUCAACCCGUCCUCCCUCGCCCUGGACACCAUUCAGAUCCCCAGCAGCCUCAACCUGUCCUUCCUCACUCGAGUCUAAUCCCUGCGCUCGUUCCUCCUCAGCCGAUCGAAUCGGGCUCUGAGAUAAAGAGGAAACGAAGCAUGGUCUCAUCUUCACUGAGAAUCGAUACGGUGAAACAGACGUCAUUAAUGUCGCGCACGUUCAAGCACACACACUCUGAAUCCUCGGUCACUGGAAUAUCACACAUUUCAUACGGGAAUGUACCAUAUCACCGCGAGCGGGGGGGCGACGAGUCUAAACCUCCUCGUUCUCCUGCUUCUCUUUGUACAGUCAGACGACACAGAUGUGACACGGUAUAAGAUUAAGUACGACGCCGGGAUGUUUUAUUUAUCGCUCUAAGCCGCCGUCUCUCAUCGCUUCGUCUCCUCUUUAAAUAGUGGCUGUGUCCAGAUCCUGGACAAAUCCAAACAGGAAGUAAAUAUAACACGUCGUCCUCUAUUUAUGUCCGUAUCAGAUAAAUAACAUGGAGUCGUUUUUGAACAAGGCUCAGUGUGUGUGAUGUAGAUGUUUAUUUGUUAGCAGGCCAUGUAGUUUUAGAUCCGUAGAUAUUCGUGUCUUGUGUGAUGAUGAUGAUGAUGAUGAUGUUGAUGACAUGGAGGAAGAGGAGGAGCAAUCUGCACUUUUUUGUUUUGUUUUAAAGCAAAAGUUUUUUCCGUUCUCGACAUUCCGUUCUCAUCUCGCGUCCUGAUUUUCCGGAGUGUACGUUAGAUGCGAUCAGACAGUCGCACACCUGCUCAUAAGAAAUCCCGCCCCUUCUGACGGUUUAAACGCCCUCCGAUGUAACGAUGCGACUACAGCGGGAUUGUGAAGGUUGCUGAACGUGUCUUUGUUACAGAACAAUAGAAUUAGCCUGAUGUUAGUCAGUAGUUUAGCUAAGCUCACACUGUUAGUGAUCUAAUAGCAGCAGCCAUAUUGUGUCGUUAAAACCAGCACUUCACACUCCGUAUCGUUAGAAACGCUGGCGGUGAGUUUACUUAAGCUCCGCCCACGUGGAUAAACUGAUCUCUCUGCUCCUAUCCCUCUUUUUUUAAGUUCCGUGAGGUUUUUUUUAUGUGUGAAUUUAAAGAGAUUUGUUACUUAUAACAGUAUUAUAGAGUUUAAAAGUUCACUACGACAGCAUGUUAAACUGUAGUCAUGAAUUAUUAUUAUAUAAAGAUCAAAACCUUCUAUAGGCAGAGCUGGUGUUCUUUGUUUGUUUGUGCCAGAGAGACCGAGCAACACACACACACACACAUAUAUACACACACACACACACAUAUACACACAUACACACACAUAUAUACACACACACACACACAUAUACACACACACACACAUAUACACACAUACAUACACAUAUACACACACACACACAUAUACACACACACACAUAUACACACACACAUACACACACACGUAUACACACACACACUCUCUCUCUCUCUCUUAGCGCUUGCCUUUAAAUGCCUUAGUGUUCAGCGUUAGUGGAUUUUUCUAGUCUGUCUCCAACCUCGAGCUUCAGCUGAUCAUGUGGAGGUGAGGUGAAGAUUUCUGUGGUGUUCGGUUGACGUUUGCGACUUUCUGACUUCUCUCUGCUGUUUCAGCCUCGUCCGUGUAUCAGGAGAUUAUUAAUUUAGAAGAGAAAGAAAACAGGAAUAAAUCAGCCGAAGUGUUAGUAGUGAUGUCAUACGUCACCUGGCCAGGCCUUUACUCUGGAGCAGAAAGGAUCAUGUGACAUCAUUUCCUGUUUUCUUUCAUCGUCACUAAGGAGAUGAUUUCCUGAUAAGCAGUGAUGAGCUGGUGUAAGUCAGUCAUAUCAUUUUUAUGCACUUCUGUGAUAUUUUCUUGGGAGAGAAACGUUUAUUUAGAGACGCAGAGAUCCGAUCACGGACAUCCGAACCUCCACGCGGUCAGAUUUCACGGCGGUGUUACAGAUAUGUCACGUAAACGAUCUUAGAUUUAUGCAAUGUAGUUUGUUUAGGCUUAUUCCUCACAAUAAGAGAAUUAUAACGACGGGGACGCAGCUUAUAAACACACUCACAUGUUCAGUACCUUUGCUAACUGCUCAGGUUAAGAUAAAAAAAAAAAAAAACAUCACAUCCGAAAAUAUCAGAUGAGUUUUUAUUGGAUUGUUCGUUCCUGCUUUAAGUAUUUGUUUACAUUUUCACAUUUUUGGUUUAUAUGCUUGUGUUUUUUUUCCUGAAUGAACAGUCCUGUCGACAUCACUUCCUGUUUGCUGACGUUGUGAUCGGUGCUGCGUUGUUGUAGUUCGGUAUGCACUCUGAGCUGAAUUCACUGCAUCCUGUAGAGUACAAGUCAGUGUGGAGCUCGAACCCUUCGCACCUUCAGACCCACAACGAGUAACAGAGACUCGAAACGUCCUUCACAUGAAGCUCCACACACACAGCAGACAUGGAGGUCCAGCAGAAUCACCAGAACAUUGACAAUAAAAUCAUGUUAGGAUUAAAUUCAGGUUUAAGGGAAAAUACUUCAGGCACUCGGGUGGAAAAUAAAUAACUCAAGUUACUGGGCCUGUUUUCUGGUGUGAUUUGGUCUUUGUUUGUUUACUACGAAAGGAAAAGUAGCACUGCUUCAUUUAUAAAGCUAAAGUUUCUGCUAUUAGAAGAUCUUUAUUCUGGUGAAUCUGAUUCCACUCCAUGUUUGUGGUUGGAGAAGAAAAAAAAAGAAAGAAAAAUCGUUUUUAGCUGAAAUUUUCUCUUAAUCAUGUGUCAUUGCUUCUUAAACCACCGUACUGCAUUACACUGAGUGUGUGAGUGUGUGUGUGUGUGUGUGUGUGUGUGUGUGUGUGUGUGUGUGUGAGAGAGAGAGAUCGAUCCCCAAAGACUUGCUGUAUUAGUAUGGAGUUGCACUAAAUCCCUUUCUUUCCUUAAGCUGUUCAUUCAUGCCUGUAUAAAAGCGUAGCGUUAGCUAACAUUGUUAGCGUUGGCAGAAAUGCUAAUCGUCCCCUGAACUGUAAACAGUCAGUCCUGCUGAAAGCCAUGUGGGAGCGACGGUCUCCUCUGAUUCGUCUGUGAGGAAACCUCGUUCAGUUUCUGUAGCUGUAACGAUCACGUGUCCAAACCUGUUCGAGUCUAAUAAAAGAAAUAAACACUAAA